UGGACGUUGCACAUAAAAAGCAACAUAACAAAAGUUCAAUGUCUAUGAAAAUCUGCGUGGCUGCAAAAUGGAUCUGAAAGAGCUGGCUGUAAACGCAUUGUCCCAAAAUAAGAAAGCUGCUUUUCUGAUCGGUGGAGCUGGUGUUGCUGUUCUGGGACUUGGUCUUGGAUAUAAAUACUUACUAAAGCCUGAAAAAGUUGUUCGUGUAGGCGUAGUGUCCCAGCUCCUCAUUUACCCUGUGAAGUCUGGUAAAGGGGUGUCUGUGGCUCUUGCAGAAUGCCACAAAAUGGGUUUGAAGUUUGGAGAGCUGCAGGAUCGACACUGGCUGUUGGUCACAGAGGACGGUCACAUGGUGACAGGCAGACAGCAGCCUCGUCUGGUGUUGGUGUCUCUGACCUGCGAGGGAGUUCAGGUUUGUCUGAACGGCCCAAACAUGGAAGAGUUGCGGUUUCCUGUCGAUCAGCCCGACAACAACGUCAUCAACUGCAGAGUGUUUGGCGCUGACAUUCAGGGUCGGGACUGCGGUGACGAAGUGUCUCAUUGGCUCACUCGUUAUCUGGCGGCAGAGACGACGUUUCGCUUGGUGCACUAUGAACCCCAGAUGAGACCCAGGAAGUCGAUAGAACUCGAGCCUCUUUUCUCACAAUCUGAGCAGGUGGCCUACUCAGAUGUCGGACCUGUGAUGCUCCUGUCCGAGGCUUCUGUCAAGAAUCUCAGCAGCAAGUUAGACAAGGACGUUACAGCGGAGCGUUUUCGCCCAAACAUCAUCAUAAGUGACUGUGAAGCUUUUGAUGAGGAUUCAUGGGAAGAGAUCCAGAUUGGCGGAGUUAGGCUGCAGCGUGUAAUGUCGUGUGGAAGAUGCAUUUUCACUACAGUUGACCCUGAAACAGGCAUAAUCAACAGAAAAGAGCCUCUGGAAACACUGAAAAGCUAUCGGCUGUGCGAACCAUCUGAGAAGCACAUCUAUAAAUCGGAACCGUUGUUUGGACAGAUGCACACUGUGAAGAAGACGGGGAUCCUGCAGGUCGGCGAUGUGGUGUACAAGAUCAGCCGUUGAUGUCAGAGAGACGGAAAAACAUGCCGAUAAACAUGAACUUUUGUAAGGGGAAGAUGGUUUUGCUAUUAGCACUAUCAUUGUAUAACCACCUUACCUGUAAAUAUACAUUAAUUGUAACGAUUCCUUUUUUUAAAGGCCGCUGAGAGACUUAGUAGGCUCUUAUCUGUGAAACGUCCACAAAAUCAUACUAAAGUCCAGAUGAUGUUUUUACUGCAGUUUAUUUGAAUGAAAAAUCAAAAAGGUACUGACAAGCAGCUGUUCCACAAACAUAUAAAAAACCCUGAUGUGAUCCGACUGUAAGAAUAAAGUGAUGAAAAACGA